AGCACCACCUAAGGUUUAUCGUCAUUCGUGUAACUGACGAUCGAGCAGGUACAUUGCCAACAUGAAUUUUCACGCUGGUGCCAUGUUGAUGUGCUUAGCUGUUGUGGCUGCGGCGAGUCUGGAUGAAAUAAACCAGCCGAAAGAACUUCACAUGCACAAAUCUGGUUCCCGACCCUUAUACCAGAGAGAAACGGGAAAGGCAACAAGAAGGGGCGCGCAACCCGAUGUUACCUUUCAAGUCUCACUUCGUUCUGACACUUCUUGGGGUAACGGUGUAGUCUUGAAGUUCGAUGACGUCAAGCUAAAUAUAGGGGGAGCUUACAACAACCAUUCUGGCAUCUUCACAGCACCUGUCACAGGGACGUAUCAGUUCUGGGCCAACGUCAUGGUUAAUGAAAAUACAAAUAUGGCCGUCGAGAUCAAGGGUCAAAAACUUCUAGGCAGAGGCUACUGCUAUAACCUGCACCGCGUGGCCUCUAUCACUACAGCUGCGCUUCUCAACAAAGGCGACCACGUCUGGAUAACAAAAGUCGCAGGGAGAGCUGUAACUUCUGUUAGAGGGAACAGCUAUUCAAGCUAUGGAGGCACACUCCUGAAGCAACAUUAGCUGUUUAGUGAAAACUUUCAUUGAUCGUUGCCCAUGUAAUAAAACCACUGUUUAACAGGC